AUGGCAGGAUUACUGGUCUAGUGAGGGAAAUGGCAGGCUUACUACAGAUCUGUUCCAAUUAAAACAGCUGCAGCAUUUAGAUCUAAGCUUCAAUCAUUUGACUGGUGUUCUGCCCAAAGGUCUAUUUGCCCUUCAAGAAUUGAGACAUCUAGAUUUGAGCUUCAACCAUUUUGAGGGUGAAAUACCAAAUCAUUUUGUCUCAUUGCACAAGUUGGCUUAUCUCAACUUGUCCAUGGCUGGGUUCAAUGGUACAAUUCCAUAUCAAUUGGGGAAUCUUUCUCAGUUGGCAUUUUUGGACCUAUCUCGUACACGUGUGUUUGAAUUUGGAAUAGAGUUUGAACGUGGUGGGAAAAGAUACAGUCCUAGUUUGGUGUGGACAGAAAAGCUGCGGAAAUUAAAAUACUUGUCUCUGAGUGGAGUAGUGCUGAAUAUGACAGGAAAGCAAUUGGAAGGACCCCUUUCUCAUCUCCACAAUCUCCAACACCUCCACCUUGCAGAUUGCAUGCUUUCAGGCCACAUUCCCAAUGCUAUCCAAAACCUCACUUUCCUCUCCCACCUCCAUUUGGGUUCCAACAGCUUUGAAGGGUCAAUGCCUUUGUGGUUAGCAAAUAUGACGAGGUUGGUUUCCCUUUCAUUCUAUGGCUCUCAAUUAAAUGGUUCAUUUCCCCUAAGUCUCUCUAAUCUGCCUACUUUAAAAAAGCUCAAUUUGGGGGGGAACAACUUAUUAAGUGGAAAUCUAAGGCAAAUACUAUGCAGGGAUUGGUCUCAGCUCACUGUAUUUAUUCUCUAUAGGUCCAGUGUAAUAGGAAGUAUCCCAUCUUGUAUUACAAACAUUUCCACCCUCGUAAUUUUUGAUUUAGGAUCUAUUAAAAAAAUGGAAGGCUUUAUACCUUCUUUCAUUGGCAAUCUCUUCAAUUUACGAAAUCUGUAUCUUGAUGGUAAUUUAUUGAAAGGAGAGAUUCCAUCAUCACUCGGUCAAAUUUCAUCUCUAUCUAUUUUGUAUCUAUCUGGCAAUCUGUUGAGUGGCACUAUCCCUUUUCAGCUAGGAGAAUUAUCAUCUUUAGAAUCUCUGUAUCUUAAUGACAAUCAACUUCAAGGUAAUUUUUUUCUUAGUUUUUUUCAAAAUUUGACCACGAUUUAUGCACUUGAUCUGUCUAACAAUGAGUUGACUGUCAUUAUUGAAUCAGAUUGGAUACCCACAAUAUACUUUGAAUAUUUGUAUUUAGCUUCAUGUAAUAUUAGUGGUAUCAUUCCACCAUUCAUUUCUACACAGUAUAGAUUAACCUCUUUGGAUCUCUCCAACAAUAGUAUGUUUGGGAAUAUUCCAGAUUGGUUAGGGAUGCUUCCUAAUCUAAAUAAUCUUAACUUGUCAUACAAUAUCUUGGAAGGUCUUGUUCCCUAUAGCUUCAAUAUAAGUAAUUUUAACCUAUUGGACUUACAUAGUAAUAAAUUACAAGGUCCUCUUCCAAUUUCUUCAAUGUCAUUGGGUUUGCGGCUGUUGGACUUAUCUCAGAAUGAAUUCAAAGGGUCCAUUGCAGUGGAUAUCGGCAAUCUUCUACCAAACAUUCAGUUUUUGUCAUUUUCAGCAAAUGAUCUAAGUGGUGAGAUACCUUCUUCAAUUGGUCUUCUACAACAGAUGGAGGUUUUGGAUCUCUCAAAGAACAAAUUAUCUGGUAAAAUACCAUCAAGCAUAACUAAAUGCUCUACUCUCAAAAUACUAAACCUAGCAAAUGCAGGUUUAAUAGGAGAGAUACCAUAUAAUAUAGGAAUGCUAAGCAGUCUUGGUUCACUUCAUCUCAAUGGAAAUAUGUUGAAGGGAAACUUGCCAUCAAGUCUUAAGAACUGUUCUAGUUUGCAAAUUUUAGACUUGGCUGACAAUCUCUUUUAUGGAAACAUACCACUUUGGUUGGGCCAGUUCUCUGAGUUGAUGAUGCUUGUUUUGAGGUCAAAUAAAUUUGAAGGACACAUUCCACAUCAAUUAAGCAAUCUAUCAAGUCUUCAUGUUUUAGACAUUUCUCACAAUAGUUUGAUUGGUGGUAUACCACCACAAUUAGCAACAUUGAUAAGUAUGAGAAAUUCUACAUUGGGAAUCUCACAUGGCAAUGGUGGUAGCUUCUAUUAUUAUGAAGAAAGGAUCCAAGUGUUCAACAAAAGAUUAAAAAUGGAGUAUGUAAGAUCAGUGAUGUUAUUGAUAACCUGCAUUGAUCUAUCUUCAAAUAAGCUAUCAGGUAACAUUCCUCCAGCAAUUGGAAAUCUUAAAGGUCUUCACACAUUGAACUUGUCAGAUAAUAGGCUUACAGGAGAGAUUCCAAGCAACUUUGGAAUGCUUAAAGAGUUAGAGUCACUUGAUCUUUCAAACAAUAAAUUGCAUGGUAAGAUUCCAAAUGAAAUGCUACAAGUUUUCUCUUUGAGCUUUUUCAUUGUAUCUAACAACAUGCUGUGUGGGAAAAUUCCAGAAGGAAAUCAAUUUAAUACAUUCAAUUCUACUUUUUUUUCUGGGAAUCCUUAUCUUUGUGGAUUCCCAGUUAAUAAAAAAUCAUGCAGAUGUGGAGAGAGAUCAAGUUAUAACAUGCCAAGUCCUCUUCCCAAGAAAGAAGAUGAUGGAGUAGAAAUUCCAUGGCAUUGGUAUGUUGAGUGGAUGGCAAGUGCUGCUGUUGGAUUUUGGGGAGUAUUUGGAAUUUUGGCUAUAAAAAGGCAAUGGAGGAGAAAGUUCAUUCAAGUCUUAGAUGAGAUGGUGAUUAAUUUAUUGAAUGGAUUGAUAAAUAGGUAAUAAUUGUAAAAAAAAUGUAAAAACAUUAU